AGACAGGCAGAGUGUAAAAUGGCGCACAGCUGUCGGUGGCGGUUCCCCGCUCGGCCCGGAGGGAGCAGCAACUUAGGCACCGGGAGGAGAGCGGGCCGAAUCCGGGUCACUGCCUCCCUUCGAAGUAGCACAGGGACCCACCCGAACACGGCUGGGCUCGGACCCGGCUUUGAUGCUGCGUUACAGGUCUCAUCUGCUAUCGGUUGCAACCUGCAGAAAUUUCGGGAUGUUUUGGGAGAGUCGAGUGGUUCAAGCAGCGGGGAGGAAGGAGCAUUUGGAGGCUUUGGUACAGUCAGUGAACACCGAAGAAUGCAGAGUCAGUCAAGGACGUUGGCAGUUACUCCCACGCAGGACAAGAAGCCCAGAGGCCGACCCCCGCGGGCCAUAACUGCACAGAAAGGGCCCGCAGGCGCCGGCCCUUCCCCCUCGCCUGCCUCGGGGAAACCCGAGGACCAGGAGUGGCCUGUGGAGAAGGCUAAACGGCUGCCCGGGAGGCCGCCUGGCUCUGGAGAGAAGAGGAGAGGCCGUCCUCCGGCCUCUGGCACCCAGAGGAGUUUGCAGGCCGGCAGCCAUACAGACAAUGACAGCGGGCAGGAGCACAGCUCCACAACUGCACACCGCAAGGACCGUGACGAGGAGAGGAAGGCCACAAAGAGAAUGCCCCUGGGCUCCGUGCAGCAGCACGACACAGAGGCCAAGCCUCCCAAAGCGAGCCGCGAGUCCAAGGUGACCAAACUGAAGCGGCUGCGGGAGGUCAAACUGAGCCCACUCAAGGCCAUCGCCAGGAAGUGUGUGCCGKUGCCUGGCGUGCCCCGGCGCAGACGAGGACGGCCUCCCUCUGCCGAGCGCCUCAAAGCCGAGGCUGCUGCUGCCCAGGCCUCUGGUUCAGAGGAAACCAAACAAAAGUCCUUCAGCGUCUGCCGGGACAGAGAUACGGACCCCCACACUCCUCAACAGCAGUCUAAGCUCAGGGCGUCCCACUUUGCUGAGGAGGACGACAGCCCCGACGUCCGCAGCUCCUCAAGCCCGCUCCCCUCCUCUCCCUCCAAGCUGGGCAGGCCACUGAACCUGAGAACCAGCCCUCGCCACAUCAAACCCGUGCGAAUCGUUCCCCCCUCCAAACGCACUGACGCCUCAAUCGCCAAGCAGCUGCUGCAGCGCGCCAAGAAAGGUGCGCAGAAAAAGAAACUGUUAGAGAAGGAGGUGGUUGCCAUAGGAGGCCAAGGGGCGGCAGCCAUGGAGGCAGGCAUCCGGAGGAGGAGGAGGACGCAGCUGAAGAACAUCAGGCAGUUCAUCAUGCCCGUGGUGAGCACCGUCUCGCUGCGCAUCAUUAAAACCCCAAAGCGCUUCAUCGAGGACGAAGGCAGCUUCGGCGCCUCUCACCCCCACAUGAAGGUGGCACGGUUAGAUGCUGUCCCGCCCCCCGUCGCUGCCCCCCAGCCCGCCUCGGCCUCCCCCAUGCGGGCGUCCACAGCUGCAGUCACCACCGCCGCUGCUAAAGCCGUGACCGCCACUCCGGUCGACACCAUCCCUCCCCCGCCUCCCACUGUCACACCCAGCAGGGCCACGGCCGUGGCGGCCAGCCUGCUCAACAACAGCUGCAACAACAGCACCAGCAAUGGGCGCUUCAGCAGCAGCGUCGCCUCGUGUGGCUCCAGCGCUGUGUCCCUGCACUCCUCCCAGCUCUCGUCGGGUGAGUCGUCCCGAUCUAGCAGCCCCAGCCUGGACGACUCGUCGUGCGACUCCCAGGCUUCGGAGGGCACUCAGGCCCUGUCCGAACCGGACGACGAGCAUGACGACGAGCGAGACCACUCCCCGUCCUCCCAGGGAGAGAGGGAGGGGGACAUGCUGCACUCCUCCAGGCAUCCGUCAGAGCCCGAGCCGGAGCAGCGGGUUCUGAUUGAGCGGGGCCGGAGGGGCCGCAGAGGGCAGGGUGUGGGCAGGGGCAGCCUUGGGGCGAGGGGAAGAGGCAGCCUGGCCACCGGAGGGAAGAAGGCUAUCAUCAGCCCGGCCACGGGAGUUUUGAUGUCCAACUCUCAACAGGCAGCCUCCGCCGCCUCCUUUCUUCGUCCCCCGCCCCCCCCUCUCCUUAGCUCCCCGCAGCAGGCCCAGUCAGGCUCCAACACAGCGGAGCAUCACCCCCACUCCCCUUGGAUCCUGCCCCACCCGUUUCUCCAGGGCCAGUCAUUGGUGCUCUCCAGCCUGCAGGACAAGCGCAGGUCCAUCCUGAGAGAGCCCACCUUCCGCUGGACAUCUCGGUCUCGCACCGAUCAGCAGUACUUCUCCUCCGCUAAGUAUGCCAAGGAGGGCCUUAUCCGCAAGCCUAUCUUCGACAACUUCCGCCCUCCACCUCUCACGGCUCAAGACGUGGGUCUAAUGCCCCAUGGCGCUGGUGCCGGGGGGGUUGCUCCAGCGGGCUACCCUGCGCCAGGCGGUGGGACCGCGGCGGGCACCCGCCUGUUCUCUCCACUGCAUCACCACCACCACCACCAGCAGCACCCCUCGUCCCGCUUCGAGUCGCCACUCCAGAAGCGCAGCCCCCUGCUGCGCGCCCCGCGCUUCACUCCCAGCGAGGCGCACUCGCGCAUCUUUGAGUCGGUCACCCUGCAGUCGUCAUCGGGGAGCAGCCCGGGAUCGCUGUCUCCCCUCCAGUCCUCCCCCAAGUCGGGCCGGUCGGUGAGACGUAAGAAGAGGACGACCCCGGGACCCCUGCGAGGUCAACCCCGGUCCCCCUCACACUCCAUGACCACGCGGAGCAGCCAGCCAGGGGCCCCGCCUGGAAAAGGUCCCUCUGAACUGUCUGUGCUGACAGGCUCCAUCUCCACUGGUGCCAGCAGCACCAGUAAUUCCUCCAGCUCUCUGCCCGCUAGUGCCUUAACGCCUGCCCCUUUCAGCACCUUCUCACCGGGCCCCCUGGGCCUCUCCACACACGGACCUUCCUCCUCCGACGGACAUAGAGCAGCCGGGAGCCUUGGUGGUGGUGCGGGUGGCAACUCCGCUUCUUGCUCCUCUUCCCAACUCUUCUCUCUCUUCACUUCCAGCCCCCAGGAGACGGGCCGCGGUGCCGGGAAAGGGGGGAGAGAGAGGAGCGCCUCGGCUUCCCGGGACUCGGCUCCUGUCAAGGAGAAGGAAAGGGAGACCGAGAAAAGCAGAGAGCGUGAGAAAGAGAACAAAAGGGAGGGCAGAAAAGAUUGGGAGAGGAGAGGCAAGGCGUCUACUCCAGACGCCUCUCCCAAUAGGACACCCAGCCUGUUUGCUGGGGAGGGGAGGGAAGGGGAGGAGUCUCUGACCUCCCUUGCUCCUAAAAAGACACCUGGCAGGAAGAAGUCUGUUCCUGUGGACUCGGGUACAGAGGCAGCACCUGUAGACAGGGCUGCAGUCCACUCCUCUAUUCCCCUUAUCUUGACCAAGGGCCGCCUAUCCAAAAAGACCCGUCCUUCGGAGAGGGGGCCAGAGGCUGAGCUUGGGGAGAAGGAGAAAACAUGUGCCCCUGCCCAGCAGACACGCCUUCCCCCAGGGCAGACCGGCAGCAAGAAGCCCCCGGCGGUCCCAUCCUUGGGUUCCAUGCUGGCGCACGCCGAGAAGCAGCCUGUGGCCGACAAGCGGGUGGCAGGCCUGCUGAAGAAGGCCAAAGCGCAGUUGUUCAAAAUCGAGAAGAGCAAGUCGCUGAAAUCCCCAGACCAUCCUAAAGUUCAGAGUCACGAGAGCGAUUCUUCGGAGACGUCGGUGCGAGGGCCGCGCAUCAAGCACGUGUGUCGGCGCGCCGCUGUGGCCCUGGGCCGCAACCGGGCCGUGUUCCCCGACGACAUGCCCACUCUCAGUGCCUUGCCGUGGGAGGAGAGGGAGAAGAUCCUGUCGUCCAUGGGGAAUGAUGACAAAUCUUCAGUGGCGGGCUCGGAAGAAGCGGAGCCCCAGUCCCCUCCCAUCAAGCCUGUGAUGAGGCACACCAAGACUAUCCAGGAGGGAGGGGCGGUGCCCAGGAAGGGGCGGCGGUCGCGGCGCUGCAGGCAGUGUCCCGGCUGCCAGGUCCCCGACGACUGCGGAGUCUGCACCAACUGCCUGGACAAGCCCAAGUUCGGAGGCCGCAAUAUCAAGAAGCAGUGUUGCAAGGUCCGAAAGUGUCAGAACUUGCAGUGGAUGCCUUCCAAGAUUUUUCUCAAGAAGCAAGUGAAAGGCAAAAAAUACAAGAAGAAGAACAAACUGUCUGAAAAAAAGGAGGCAUUACACCCCGUCAAGGGCCCAACAAGCACUGAGCCCAGUCUCAAACAGUUCCCGCCCCCUUUGAAGGAGGAGCCCCCUCGCAAAAAGAGUGUAACCCCUCCCCCGAAGCCAGGUGAGGAGAAGCAAAAACAGUCACCGCCACAGUUGCAGUCCCCUCCAGCCGACAACCCUACCCCCCCAAACGACCAGGCCCCCAGCUGCACCACCGCCCCUGGGCAAGACCAGAAACAUCUUGCAACGGCACCCGCGGGCGCUGCUAGUAGGAAGGAACGUAAGCCUCAGCAGCCCACCCCUCCCUCCUCCUCGCCCUUCUCCUUCUCUUCCUCAUCGUCCUCCUCACUCCAGAGCUCCCCCUCCCCACCAACACCCCAGCCCAGCAGCCACCACAGCAGCAUCAGAGGCCACAGCCCACCCAGGGGACUGCAAAAAAAGGAGGGCGCAGGGGCUUCCAAGUCUCCGCCCACAGAAGCCAAGAGGAAGCCCAGCAGCAGAGCUUACCACGCCCAUCACAGACACAGCACCCGAAGGAAACAAAUGAAGAAACAGGCAUCUCGCUCUGUCCCACCACCACCUAAACCCACCAACCAAAAGAGAAGCAGCAGACCGUUGGCCACCAAACCUGAGAGCAGUACUUUAAACUUGCUGAGCACUCCCUCGACUGGAGGCACCGCCAAGCAGAAAGUGCCCUGCGACGGAGUGCACAGAAUCAGAGUGGAUUUUAAGAAGGACCAUGACGUGGAGAACGUGUGGGCCAUGGGCGGCCUCGGCCUCCUCACCUCCGUGCCAAUCACCCCGCGCGUCGUCUGCUUCCUCUGUGCCAGCAGUGGCAACGUCGAGUUUGUCUUCUGCCAGGUGUGCUGCGAGCCCUUCCAUCUCUUCUGCUUGGGGGAGACUGAGCGCCCUCUGGAGGAGCAGUGGGAGAACUGGUGUUGCCGCCGCUGCCGCUUCUGCCACACCUGUGGCCUCCAGCACCAGAAGACUAAACAACUUCUGGAGUGUGAGAAGUGCCGAAACAGCUAUCACCCCGAGUGCCUGGGACCCAACCAUCCCACCAGACCCACCAAGAAGAAACGGGUCUGGAUCUGCACCAAGUGUGUUCGCUGUAAGAGUUGUGGGGCCACAAAACCCGGGAAGGCCUGGGACGCCCAGUGGUCACAUGACUUCUCCCUAUGUCAUGACUGUGCCAAACUCUUCGCUAAAGGUAACUUCUGCCCCCUUUGCGAUAAGUGCUAUGACGAAGACGACUACGACAGCAAGAUGAUGCAGUGUGGGAGGUGUGACCACUGGGUCCACUCCAAGUGUGAGAACCUCACAGACGAGAUGUACGAGCUGCUGUCCAAUCUGCCAGAGAGCGUGGCCUACACCUGCACAAACUGUACGAAGCGCCACCCGGCCGAGUGGAGGACGGCCCUGGAGAAGGAGCUGCAGGGCUUGGUGCGCCAGGUCCUCACCGCACUGCUCAACUCCCGCACCUCUACGCACCUGCUCCGCUACAGACAGGCUGUGAUGAAGCCGCCUGAGUUGAAUCCCGAGACGGAGGAGAGUUUACCAACACGUCGCUCCCCCGAGGGGCCCGACCCCCCGGUCCUGACCGAGGUCAAGCCCCCCAACGACUCCCCCCUCGACCUGGAGUCGGUGGAGAAGAAGUUGGCCACCGGGCGCUACAAGUCUGUGCUUGAGUUCAGUGACGACGUAGUGAAGAUCAUCCAGAUGGCCAUCAACUCAGACGGCGGGCAGCCAGAGAACAGGAAAGCCAAUAGCAUGGUCAAGUCCUUCUUUAUCCGGCAAAUGGAGCGCGUAUUCCCUUGGUUCAAAGUCAAGGAGUCCAGAUUCUGGGAAACGCACAAAUUCUCCCCCAACAGUGGCCUCCUCCCCAACGCCGUGCUGCCCCCCUCCCUGGACCACAACUACGCCCAGUGGCAGGAGCGCGAGGAGAUCGCCCGCGCCGGGCAGCCCCUCAGGAAGAAGAUCAUCCCGGCCCCUUGCCCCAAGACCCCCGGAGAGCCCUACUCCUCCCCCCCUCCGCCCCGGCCUCUACCUCCUCAAACACCCCCUAUGCUCCACGACCUGAGCUGUGAAGACAGUCCUGAGCUGCUCCCACCCCCUGGCGUCAGCGACAACCGGCAGUGUGUGCUGUGUCUCAAGUACGGAGACGAUAACACCAACGAGGGCGGCAGGCUGCUGUACAUCGGGCAGAACGAGUGGACCCACGUGAACUGUGCCCUGUGGUCAGCCGAGGUGUUCGAGGAUGACGAUGGCUCUCUGAAAAACGUCCACAUGGCCGUCAUCCGAGGGAAACAGUUGCGCUGCGAGAACUGCCAACGUCCCGGCGCCACAGUGGGCUGCUGCUUGACCUCCUGCACCAGAAACUACCACUUCAUGUGCGCCCGGCAGCGCCACUGUGUCUUCCUGGAGGACAAGAAGGUCUACUGCCAGCGCCACCGGGACCUCAUCAAAGGAGAGGUGGUGUCCGAGUCUGGCUUCGAGGUCACGCGGAGGAUCCUGGUGGACCUGGAGGGGGUCAGCCUGCGGAGGAAGUUCCUGACCGGUCUUCAGCCGGAGAACAUCCACAUGAUGAUAGGCUCCAUGACGAUCGAUUGCCUUGGAAUACUGACCGAGCUCUCGGAUUGCGAGCGCAAACUCUUCCCCAUCGGCUACCAGUGUUCCAGGGUGUACUGGAGCACUCUAGACGCCCGGAAGCGGUGUGUCUACACCUGCAGGAUCCUGGUGUGUCGUCCCACCGUGGUGGAGCCGGACCUAAAGAGUGCUCUUCCAGAGGAGAACCGCACCAUCUCCCACAGCCCUUUUACGCCCAUCUUAGAUAAAGUCCUUUCUCCGGUGCCCGGCCCUUUUGACUCUCUGAAGCCCUCCAACCGCCUGUCCCUGCUGCCCUCGAGCCCCAAUCCUCCUAAAGUUUACACACGGAACAGGCACCCCAGCUACCCCCCGUGCCAGCGCUCCCCUGGCUCCAGACCACUUCCAUCCCCAGGCGGAUCCUUCCAGUCGGCCCAUGAGAUUGUGACGGUAGGGGACCCCCUUCUGAGUUCCGGCCUAAGGAGCAUCGGCUCCCGGCGCCACAGCACCUCUUCCCUCUCCCCCCAGCCCAGACAGAAGGUAGUCUCCCCUCCACGGGCCGGGGUGGCUGCCGCCAUGAACCAAUUAGCCCUGGUCUCCUCUUCCACCCCACCCCCUGUGCUCUCCUCUUCCUCUGCCUCCAGAGACCUGGGUCUAAGRGAUACGGGGAAGCCGCCCGCCAGCGGAGUCCGAACGCAGAGCCGCGAGACUAGCUCACUCAGCCCUGGAGGUCAACACAGACACCACCACAGCGUCUCUGAGAUGAAGACAGACAGUGGGAAAGAAAGUGCGCCUGGCAAGCAGGCUGUGGGAGAGAACCCCAAACUUUCCCCAAUGGCCCCAGGGAUGGCAGGAGCGAGCCAGGCCUCCCCACCACCAGGUACAGGUGUCCUGACAGGGCACCAAAGGGCCAGCAACAGCAAAUCCCAGGCGGAGAAGGGGAAGCAGGGCGGGAAGGUCCCAGACCUGUCGGCUGGCGUCACGCUCCUCUCCCGCCAUUGUGUCACCACGACCCUGUCCAAGGACAGAGGUGGUGGUGGUAGUAGUAGCAACCCGGCCAAGGAGGGAAGUGUGACCUUGGCGCAAGCCUCUAAAGAUUCUGGGAAAUUGGGGUCUCCCCAGCCCCUGUUCCACAAAAGCGUUGGGAGGAAGUCCCAGGACUAUCUGUCGGGGCCAGCCCCUGCCGCCGCCAUGAAGCCCCUGUGGUCUUCGGGGGCUGAGGAUGAUUUCAUCAAACGGAGCUCCCAAGCCACCCCGGCUGUUCCCUCCAGCCACUCGGCCACCACCACCAAAGACAAGCACUCCAAAGUCCGAACAAUCGACAGCCGAGAGGCAUCUAAAGAGAGGGAGAAGACCCCUCAGAACAGCAACAAGAACCCCACGCUCAACAACAACAAUUCUAAGGACACUGGUGGAGCCACUAACUCUCCAACCCCGACCUCUCAGAACUGCAACAGCAAGGCUGCAACCCUCAGCAACAACACCAAAGCCAUUGGCAAGCAGGAGGUGGAGAAGCUGGAGAAUCAGGGAAGAGGACGAUCUUCAAAGAGCAGGGAGAGAUUCUCCAGUCCUGAGAAGAACAGCUCCAGCCUAGAGGCCAUCAAGCAGCCCAGGUUAGCCUCGGAGAGAAGCAUGAGGGCUUCACAGGUUCAAGCAAGAGUAACAGCCAACGAAGUCGCGGCUGCUAGAGACAAAAAGCGGGCUAUAGUCAAGGCGUCCCUGACGCCGCUGAAGACCGACCCGAACGGGACUAACACCGUGAGCACUUCCUCUGACUCCUGCACCACCACUUCCAUCUGUCCAGUGGGCCUGGAGGGACCCCCCCACCGCAGGUCUUCCUGCUCCGUGCUCUUCUCCCCGUCGGCCUGCUCGGAGAGCUCAGAGUCGACCAGCCCGCCACUGCACCCGGAGGACCGCGAGGAGAAGCGCCUCCUGGCUCACUGCACCAAGGACGAGGGGACCAGCGACAGGGAUGACCACGCCUUGCUGGAGGAGGAAGGCGGCGACGGGGACAAACGCCACGAGGACGACAGUGACUGCUCGGGCUCGGCCAAGCGACGUUACCCAAGGCGCAGCGCCAGGGCCCGCUCCAACAUGUUCUUCGGCCUGACUCCUUUCUACGGGGUGCGCUCCUAUGGAGAGGAGGAUAUCCCUUUCUACAGCAGCAGCGGGGACGGGCCCGGGAAGAGGAAGGCCGGGGGCAGUAGGCGCUCGGCCGAAGGCCAAGUGGACGGGGCAGACGAUAGGAGUAACUCCUCCUCAGGGGACAGCGGAGAAGAAGAGGAAGGGGGAUUCAGCCAGUGUUCCAACAAGGAUCCAUACUAUUACAACUUCACCCGCACCAUCAUCAACCCCGGCCCUGUGAUGCCCUCAAUCGAGGGGAUGGGCCAGUGCCUGGGGAGGGGCUCUCAGCUGCAGCGCUUCCUGAAGGAUGAUGAGGAGGAGGAGAGGGUCGUUGCUGCUGUGGAUGGAGUUCCCACCCGGAGCCUCCUGAGCCACCAGCAGAUUGGCCAGCUGGACGGCAUUGAUGACAGCUCAGAGAGUGACGCCAGCGCGAGCACCACCAACACCACCACCACGGCCACCGCAGCGUCCUCUUCCCACAAGGGCACAGGAAAGAGGAAGGGCAGAGAGAGGCACAUGGAGAAGCUGGAGCACGACUCUGGGAAGGAGGCGGACAACAGCAGCGGAGGGGGUGGGAGCAGCAGUAGCAACAACAGCCGAGAAGGCAGGAAGAGCCAGAAGGACAGCUCUCUCCCUCUGGGUGGGGUGAAGUCGUCCCAGAGACAGGACCCUCUGGAGGCCCAGCUCUCACUUAGCACUGACCUGCUCAAGUCAGACUCGGACAACAACAACAGUGACGACUGCGGCAACAUCCUGCCGUCGGACAUCAUGGAGUUUGUCCUCAACACGCCCUCCAUGCAGGCCCUCGGGCAGCAGCCUGAGGCCUCCUCCUCCGAGCUCCUCUCCCUUGACGAGGGCUAUGGGGUGGGCGUCAACCGCCGCAAAGACAACCUCUUCGAGGACUUCCCUCGGCCGCUGGCCAGUGCUGAGCCCGCGGAGAGUGGGGUGAGCACGUCCAUCUCGGUCGAAGAGCCAUAUGGUCUGCCUCUGGAGCUGCCCUCUGACCUCUCUGUCCUGACCACUCGCAGCCCCACGGUCAACAACCAGAACCAUGGCGGCCUCAUCUCAGAGGGCUCAGAACGCACCAUACUGUCCCUGGCAGCCUCUGACGAUGCCAUCGCAGAGAAAGGAGGCGAGGACAAGCAGCAGAGAGGGGCCGGUGUGUCCCCUGAGAGCCAGCAGGAAGGAAGUGGAGGUAGCCGAGAAUCUCAGGUAAGAGAAGGCCACAUGACCCCGGAGCAGUUUGAGCAUAUCACUAGUCCCUCCCUGGGCCAGGUGGUCGAAGCAGAUAACCAGGAUCUGACCAGGAGCUCUGGGACCCCAGUCCUACCCAGCUCCCCAACCCUGCCUCUCCAGGGACAGAAGUACAUCACUUCUGCAUCUUCAGUCAGCCCCGGACCCUCCCAGGUGGCCAGCAUGGCCGUCCAGACCACCUCUCAUUUAAAACCAGGCCCGGAAAAACUCAUAGUGGUCAACCAGCAUCUGCAACCCCUCUACGUCCUACAGACUCUCCCCAAUGGUGUCACUCAGAAGAUCCAGAUCAGGCCAUCGGUCAGCGCAACAGGAGUGAUGGAUACCAUGACUCUAACCACAGGGCUCACCACYGGGAUAACCACCUCCCAGCCCAUCUUUCCUGCUGGGGGUAAAGUGUUGGGCACCAUGUCCCAUCACCCUCAGAUCCAUACUUUCACCGGCACCACCCAGGCGGGCUUCCAGCCUGGCAUUCCCAGCRCCCCCUCCGGCCUCCUGAUCGGGGUGCCCUCCCACGAGCCCCAGAUCCUGGUGACCGAGGCCGGACGGAGGCACGACCUKGCCCCCAACGUGACCAUMGUGUCCAGCGCUGCCUCCAUCUCCACGUCCUCGGCGGUGCUCGCGUCUGGACACGGCAAGAAGCGACCCAUUUCCCGUCUCCAGCCGCGGAAGACCAAGAAACUAGCCCGCUCCAGGAGCCAGCCCACCCUGGCCCCGUCUGAGGUGAGACCCAACAUGACUCUGAUCAACCUGUCCUCGCCACAGAUAGCCCAGUCCGGACUGGUCGAGCUGGGCACCCUGACCACGGCCGCCACCACUUCUCACCGCAAUGUCCCCAACAUUAUCAAGAGACCCAAAUCGGGAGUCAUGUACUUUGAGCCCAUCCAGCAGAGGAGGCCUCUUCCCAGUGGGCAGCCUGGCAUCCUGGGCCACGACUCUUCCACCCACCUGCUGCCCUGCACUAUCUCGGGGCUCAACCCCAACCAGUCAGCAGUGCUGAACAUGGUGUCCAUGGCUCAGCCCAGYGGGCCCGGMGGCCUCAUUGCGCCAGGCUCUGUCUCUCUCAGCACCCCGGUGCUCAGCUCCGCUGAAAUCACGGGACCCAUCAGCAGCCUCCUCUUCAAAGCCACCCCGCACAACCUGGGCCUUCCGGAGCARCAGAUGCUCCUCCAGUCUGGAGCACCUCUGAUGUCUCAGCUGUGCAGCCCUGCCCAGACCUCCAUCGCCRGCAGCAUCUGCGUGAUUCCCUCCCAUCAGACCAUCAGCAUGUCCGUCAGCCAACAGGUGGACCCGGAAAGCGGCGCUUUCCAGCGGCAGCAACACCCGCCAAAUGCUAGUGGACAACCUGUGGCUCUGGCCCCCAGCCCGGUCUCACAAGACUCCGGCAAGGGACAUCCGGUUGGAGUGUUCUCCCAGAGUUCACGCUCUCAAAGCUCAAGCGCCAUGCCUAUAUCCAGGYCCUCAUCAGAGCAGAAACMAGAGCUGAAGUGUGGYGCUGCAGCAACGGCAUUUACGGGCUCUGGGAAAGGGAAGCAGAAAGCCAAGCGGACGAGGCAGAGUCCAGACAAGGCCAGCGGGAAGAAACACAAGGGUUGGCAGACAGAGCCUCCUCGGGAGACGCARGGAGACCGGGCACCUUCCACUCCUGGCUCUAGAGAGCCAGUCUCUCCUGAGUCCAUGGACACAGGCAAGCCCAGAGACAGGGGCACCUGCAAAAGUAAAACCAGUGAGUUCCCUGAGGAGAAAGGCGAGACCACCGCUGGCUCUCUACUGGUGGCCACCCCUGACCAGGAGGGUUGCCGCAGGGACUCUUCUGUGGACAGCAAGCCCAAGAAGGGACUCAUCUUUGAGAUCUGCAGCGACGAUGGCUUCCAGAUCCGCUGCGAGAGUAUCGAAGAGGCCUGGAAAUCCCUGACAGAUAAAGUCCAGGAGGCCCGCUCCAACGCCAGACUCAAAGAGCUCUCCUUUGAAGGAGUGAACGGUCUGCGGAUGCUGGGGGUCCUCCACGAUGCUGUGGUGUUCCUGCUGGAGCAGCUGUAUGGUUCCAGGCACUGUCGCAGCUACCGCUUCCGCUUCCACAAGCCCGAGGAGGCCGACAAGCCCCCGAUCAACCCCCACGGCUCGGCACGCGCCGAGCUCCACCACAGGAGGUCUGUGUUUGACAUGUUCAACUUCCUGGCCUCCAAGCACCGCCAGCCUCCCGAGUAUAACCCCCACGAGGAGGACGAGGAGGUGCAGCUCAAGUCUGCUCGCCGGGCCACCAGCAUGGACCUCCCCAUGCCCAUGAGGUUCCGACACCUGAAGAAAACGUCCAAGGAGGCGGUGGGGGUGUUCAGGUCAGCCAUACACGGCCGAGGUCUGUUCUGCAAGAGGAGCAUCGAYGCGGGGGAGAUGGUGAUCGAGUACUCGGGCAACGUCAUCCGCUCUGUCCUCACCGACAAACGGGAGAAGUACUACGACGGCAAGGGCGUUGGCUGUUACAUGUUCCGCAUCGACGACUACGAAGUGGUGGACGCCACCGUGCACGGAAACGCCGCCCGCUUCAUCAACCACUCGUGCGAGCCCAAUUGCUACUCGCGUGUCAUCAACGUGGACGGGCAGAAGCACAUCGUCAUAUUUGCCACGCGCAAGAUCUACCGCGGCGAGGAGCUCACCUACGACUACAAAUUCCCCAUCGAGGAACCGGGCAAUAAGCUUCCAUGCAACUGUGGAACCAAGAAGUGCCGCAAGUUCCUCAACUAGCCCCCCACUCUGCCGUGCGAUGGUAGUGGCGUUAGCGGUCCUUCUCCCACUCUGCCGAAGCAGUCGCCUCGACUAGCGUGGCGCCAUCCAUGCAAUGCCAGGUCUUAGAGAGCAAAGUGAUGCUUCCAGUACUGCCCUCCCUUUUUGCUGUACGGCUUGUGCAGAAAGAGGCGUGUUACAGACCGGGUUAAGUUCGAUACGAGCUCUGUUUUUGAAAGAGAACAAAUUAUUAUUGUGCCUCUGGUUGUUUUUGUUUACUUUUCGGACUCUGAGAAGUCAAAGGAAAUGGUAACUGUGUAAGAUUAGCAAUUUUCAACGUUUUCUGUCUCUGAAUGAUUCAAAAAGAUUUUAAAUUGCCCUUUUUGUUCUGAAUUUUAACAUCACCUCACAUUAUUUUUCUAGAGAUGAUAUCUCAAUUCUGUGUGAGCAUAGAAUCCAUUGAUUAUGUGCACACAGAAAAAUGAAAAAUGAAUUGCCACCUUGUAAGAGUUCCAUUUUACACACCAAAGUGCAAUUUGUGGAAGGGAAUUUUCUCUGCAUUUUAGAAAUAGAACGAGGACGUAUUAGAACUGAUCAGAGGGCGCUUUUCUCUUGGCCUCAUCUGUUUAUACACAUCUGCCUGUCGGAAUGUGCAUCCUGUGCAGCCUUCGGAGUAGCCGCAAUAACAUAAAGCUUUGCUUGGGCUGCUUCGCUGUGUAUUCAAAGACACUGUAAAUAGUUCUUAUGCCUGUCCAGAGCAACAAGUCGCAAGAUGUGUUAGGAAGAGAAACACUAGAGGGGGUCGAAACGACAGAGGGAAAGAAAGAAGCCUGUAGAUUUAUUUAUUUUAAAUUUGUAUAUUAUUGUUAAGCGCGACUGUACUUGUACAGAGUCAUUGUCAGACACGUAGUCGGGUGGCGGUCAUUACAUUGUCGUGGCCGUGACUAGCAAGCUAGACUGAGAUUCUGGUGGACUGACAGUUGAGGGACUAACUUUUUAUUUCGUUUUUUUUGCUGUAGUAAAUGUUAUUGUUGGUUUUGUGUAGGAAAAAUGAUAGACUGAGCCAUCUAUUUGUAUCGCAGGUAUGCACUCGUUAUGUCUUUUAUUAGAAAUUUGGUUAGAACAGAGUCCGGAAUUACAGCGAUGAGAACCAAACGUCAUCCCCCUAAAUCUGAUUUCCCCUUAAGCCCAUUUGAAGUUUGAAAUUAUGGCCUAUUUCCUGAAUUACUGUUGCAAAGGAAUUGUUUAUUUCAUUUUCGAAUCGGGUCAUUUGAAGUCUUGUCUCUUCUGGCCCUUUUUUUGUUAUGGGCAGAAAAAUAUCAUGCUUGCUUUGAGAAUGUAAAUAAUAUAUAUAUUUUUCUAUACAAACGACUAAAAAGCACUCACUAGUGAAUAGCACUUAAUGUUAUAAAUAGUAUUUAUAUUUUUAAGAAAUCGUAUUUAUUUUAUUGCCAUUUUUGUAGGAAAUAGAGGUUUACAAACACUAAUGCUUGGUCUCUACAUUUUUAUUGAGCUGCCUUUUUUCAAAGCUGUUUUUUUGUUGCCGUUUUAAUUUUAUUUGUAGCCUGAAUGUUUCUUUUUGGAUUCCAAAGACUGAAGCUGUCGCUCCCCGCUGAGCCCAGUCCACCAGUAGCUCUAUUUGUCAAUCAAGGACAUUUCCAUUGACUGCAUGUUAGCAGCAUGGCAUUAUUAUAUGCCCUUGAUGGAGUCUGUUAGUGUUCAUCUUUUGGAAUAGCUGUCUGAUAUCUCCUUUUUUCCAGCCUUAAUUCCACACACCACGCUGAGGCGCCAUUCAGACCUGGGCCGUCUCACCGUGCGCAAUUCGUUCACGUUCAGCUUUUUUCAACAAAAUGUCUCUACAAAUUUCAACGUCUCCCUUUUGGGAUCAAACGCGCUCCAAAAUCAGCUAACUGUAAGGACAUAACACGGCUUAACGCCCAUAGCCACAUCAGCGCUCCAAGAUUCCCCAAAUGGAAGUGUUGCCUUCAUGUUUAUACUGUCAAUGUUUUGUCGUGUUUCUACUCGACUCCCUCGUGAAGUCCGGCGUUUGUUUCGUGGCGUUUACAUGACAGGCUACACAUGGAAAGCUUUUUAGAAGCUCGGUAGAAGCUGAUGACGUUAGGAAAGGUUAGAAGAGGCUAACCGUUACCAUUGGCCACAAUUCAACCUCUGUUAAGAGUCUUGCUUUGCAUUUGUUGUAACUGAGCACGCUUCGUUUGGCGAACUCUGUGACUUGUAAAUGUAACAGUAGUAGAUUGACAGAAGUAGUCCCGGUUUUGGUGAGAAUUGGGACAUUGGGUACAGAAAGUGGAUAGGUUGAUGACAGGCAUAUAUUUCCUCGAACGAAGCUCACCAAAUUGCUGCUUUGUGCAACUCUGGCUCCAGUUGUCCUAUAGCGAGCCACUUCAGGCCAGUGACCUUUUUGUUAUGUUUUUGGUUUGUCAUCCGUUUUUCCUCGUAGUCUGUUGACUUUAUAUCUUGUAAGGCCGUCGCAGAAUCUCUCCAACCCUUACCCUGCCCAGGCUGUGAAGUGAAACCAUAACUUUGCCAACACAUUGCACUGGUGACAGGCACUGACUUAACAUGGGAAAUGACUUUCUACUCAUUGUAAACACAAUGGGUUCCUAAUGUUUUUAAAAACCACAAGCACAGGUACUGUUUGUAAGCUCCCUUAGGAAUUGUGGCCCCCAGGAAAGUGCACUUCUGCUCGACCUUCUCCCAAGUGUGUUAGGGACGUUCAGAGUGCAGGGACCACUCUGGAGGCCAACAGUGAACACUCCACCUUGCAGCCUGGGUUUUGCCAGCUAAUUCAGGGAUACCGUUUUGGUUCAGCUCUCGCUGUCCUCCCAUCCUGGCUAGCCUUAGGGUGAGGCACAGGGUCAUGCUGAAUUCUGCUGCUAGGUCUUUAAUGAAUGUAUAUACAAAAACUGAAUUGUGGUGAUUUCUGGUAUCAACCACGAUUUGUUUUUGAGUUAAAAAGAACCCACAAAAAGACUGGGAAGAUGAGCUCACAGGACAGUUUGUUUGUUUGUUUCAUUUCAGGGGGGAAAAGAUUGAGGGACGGCUUUCUAGUUUAACGUCAAAAGGGCACACGGAAUAAACAAAGACUUCAAAGAUAGCUUUGGUAAUCCUUUUACUAAUCCCAAAGGCUCCGUCUCUGACUCCUCUACAGAUCCAUAGCAGUAAAGUGUGAUGUUUCAGUACUUGGUGAACAACAACCCAUUAGUCAAGUGUUUUUAAAUGGCAGAUAGAUUCCGUUGUUUCUUGGACUUCAUAAUACCAUGCCACACCAGUGGCCCCCUUCCUUCACUUGUAAUUAUGCUAUAUAUACAUAAAAACAUAUACCGAAACAGAAAUAGUAACAUGUACUUCAGUAUCUAUACAAUAUACGGAAUGAACAGACAAACUUAGUUACAGUAGCAAACAGCAGGUUUAUAAUGGUUAAUAGCUAUGUUCAAUGUACUCUAUAAUGGUUUUGUGUUACAGUAUCAGUUUAGAAUAACUAACGUACAUCAUCUUCUGUAUAUUGAUGUCCAAUACCAGUUUCCCUGUGCCUGUGUGUGCUCCAUUGGCAGGAGCAUUGCAGUUUCUUUCAUUUUUUUUUUUUUUUCCCUUCCCGAAAAGAAACAGUAUUUAUGUAAUAAGAUGUAUAACGUGGUUGUGAACUUCUUGAAGUCGGCCAUUUUGUUUUAGUGUUUGGUUGUUGUCGUGAAUGUUUUUAUUCUUUGUAAAUUCUUAACAGGGAUUUUAGACUGCUUACUUGAUGGUGGUAUAAUUGAGUUGAGUUUGUGGAGACCAGGAAAAAAAACGAAUCCCACCAAAAUGUUAUUUUACAGUCUUCCAUGUCUCCCUUACCACCCCUCUCUCUUUGGAAGCUUUGGUUGUACUUAUCAUGUAUUGUUUUAUAGAACGUGAUGAUGAUGAUGCGUUUUUAUUUAUUUAUUUUGUGUAUUGGAACAUCCAUGAAUUUACAGGUCACGGUAGUUGCCGGAACCUGCUUGAAAGAAGUUGGGAAAAAUACUUAACUGUAUUUGUAAUUUUAUAAUUGUUCCUUGUGUAUAGAACGUAUCAGCCUGAGAUGGGACGUGGCAUCAAGGGGAGUUGGCGGUAGGACUUGGAAACGGUUAAACGGCUCUUCUUAUGCCUUGAAUAUACCUUUGUCUUAUUAACACUUCCUCCUGAACUCCAUGAGAAUAAUGAUGAUGAUGAUAAUAAUAUUUUUCCCUAUUAGUUGUACAUCAGUGUUCUCUCAUCUGUCACAGAAAUGAAGGAAAGUUAAACCACAAUAGUAAACCACAAACUACUUAAGGUUGAAUGUAUAAUUAGGAAACACAAUUGUACAUAACUGUAAAAAGAAAAGUUUCUAAUCAUGUUUAUUUUCUAUGCACUUUUUUUAUUUAAGUGAUAGUUUAAAUAAUAAACAUGUCUCGUUUACUCUUU